GCAUAAGACAUAAGUGGCAUUACCUUUCUCUUCACUUUCUCCUUUACAGAUAGCUAAUAUUUGGGAAUCAUAUACAAAACUCAAGAAGAAACAAAGAGCAUGAGGUCUCAUUAACUGUCAUCUCACCUAACUUCUCACUGUGUUUUCACUAUCUUCCACUUAAUGCUCUCAUUUAUAACCUUCACUUUCAGUUAGUGUGUUUCCACUAUCUUCUCUGCUUCUGCAUUCAAUUCUAUUCCUCUCCUCUCAUUUAUGAUCUUCACUCAAAAUGCGCCCUCUCUUUGGACCCCCACCACAACUUCCUCAGAAUUAAUGCUAGAUACACGUCUGCGUGAAUCUCUGUAUAUAAAGGAAUAAGUGAAUAUCACUGAAGCUUGAAGCUAGUUUUGUGGAGCUACUCCCAUCUCUUCUUGUCUGAUUCUUCAGAAACACACUGUUCCGUUAUCCUUCUUACAACAACUACAUAAGCAGAAAGCAAACUUGUUUUCAAGAUGGAGAAGAAACUGAUAAUGUGUUUGUUUGUUCUUCUGCAACUUCUGUUAGUAGUAAACUCUCUUUCUCCCAAACAUUCACCAGCCAAGCCAAAGGCAGAAGUGACUGUAAUGGGUUUUGUUUACUGCGAUGUCUGCUCCAACAACACUUUCUCCACACACAGUUACUUCAUGUCCGGCGUGGAAGUGAGAAUAGUCUGCAGAUUCAAAUCAGCUUCAUCGAGAACAAACGAGAUGGUAACAUUCUCUUCAAACAGAACCACUAACGAGUUCGGACUCUACAAGGUAGCCAUAACUUCUCUAGAUUGCGCUGACGUGGACAGUCUAGCGAGUUCUUGUCAAGCGAGUUUGGUCGGGAGAAGAAGCUCUUCGGAUAUUUCUUGCAACGUGCCUGGUUAUAGAACCACCACGGAUCAAGUCGUGUUUAAGUCUAAACGGUCUAAUCUCUGUAUCUAUGGUUUCAAUGCUUUGAAUUUCAGACCCUUCAAGAGGGAUCUUGCCUUGUGUGGCAAGAAAUAGAGGGUUUUUAAACAAUUAUCUUCGACUGUUAUUGGCUAUGUUGCUUCUACUCAGAGAUAUUGUCUAGCAGCACGAAGAAGAUCGUUUUUUAUUUAAUCAAUAACUGAAAAUGCGUCUCUGUUUAA